GGAGUGCAACUGUGAGCGAUCAAAGCGUCACGGCACCUCGCUGGAGCAACAUGGCUUCGAGGCGGUGUUUGCGUCUACCUGCUGCUGCUGUGGUGGUGGCGGUGUUAGUGGCGGCGGCGGCAAUGGUGGCGGUGGAGGCGGCGGAGGAUGAGGAGGUGGGAGGGAAGACUGUGCGAAUCUCAAGCCUCCCCAGUCUUCCUAACCUGGUGAUAGAACACAGACCUCUGUUUGGCCUCUUCAGUAACGCCGAGGAGGCAGCAAAGGUAGCGACUUGCGGGGAUUCCAGUGAGGCGGCCCAGACUGUGUGGCAGAGUUAUCAGUACCCCGAGUGGCAGGCUGACAUUGCCGGACUGUGCACUCUCACCUACACACCGCCUGCGGACUCCUGUGGCCUGAGGGUACACUUCGUAGAUCUGUACCUGGCUUCCCCGCUGCCCUCCCUCCACGCCUCCUGCUCCCACAACGCACCGUCAUUCAAGGUGCACUACAACGGCGCCAUCACCUCCGCCAUCUGCAGUGACGCCACGGGAUAUGAAGCUAUCCUGGAGUUGGACCCCGAGGUGAGCCAGCCGCUGGAGUUCGUGCUACAGCUGGAUACAGAGACUGAUUACAGGUUCCGAGUCAACCUUACCGCUGUGGCCUGCUCUGACAUACACGCCUACCAGUCUCCUAACACUUGCGGGAUCAAGAACUCUCAAGCGAUUCUCGAUGCUGGAUACGAGACGGUCAGGAACAUAGACCCCACGGAGGGAGAGAGGGAGGUGGUGAAGGAAGAGGCUCAGGCAGAGGAGGAGGAGAAGAGACGUGUGCAGGUGGAAGAGAAGGAGGAGGAUAAGUCACACCGCCAAGAAAAGGAGAUGUGGGAAGUUGAGGAAGAGGAUCUGUGGGAUGAAGAAGGGGAGGGUCAGAGAGAGCCACGUCAGCGCAGGAAAAAUAGCCGUAAGAAGGAAGCGAUGGUGAAGAAGCUGCGGAAGAAAACUGAUAUUCUCUCGCAAGCCUUAGCUUCCGGAAUUGAGGCAGGUGUCGUCGGUCUUACAAACGAGGAACGCCUUCGCCGCCAGUCGUGGAAGGAGACCGCUCCCAGCAUCUGGCCCUGGAUGGUGGGCAUCGAGAGGAAAGUGCUGCGGAACGUCGGGAUCUCUGAUAAGCCGCAGAUGGACCGCUCAGCCUCCAAACGGUGCACGGGCGUCUUGCUUGACCAUUCCCACGUGCUUACCGCGGCCUCCUGCGUCCUGCCUACCGACAGGACCAAGGCAGUGAGAGUGAAGGACUUGAGAGUGGUGGUGGGACAGCAGGACCACGCCUCCACCUCCUCUUCCUCCUCCUCCUCGACUGCCUCUAGCCGCACGGGGACGCAGCAGCAUCACGACACAAAUAGUCUUGGGGUUUCCAGGGUCUCCUUCCCUCUCAAAUACAACCCGGACCUCCGCAGCGACAACCUGGCAGUCCUCACCCUCGAGAACUCCAUAGGUUACAGCACGAGGGCCCGGCCGGUGUGUCUGCCAGUGCGGUACAACAGGUUCCCGCGUAACAAUGGCUUCGUGUCUGGAUACAUGAAGGAAUCGGGGAGUAAGAGAAGAGGAAACCAACGCUCCUCAUCCAGUACACUUGUGGAGGCUGAUCUCAAUGUGCUGAGCCGGAGUGAGUGUUCUGAGAGACUCUCCAACCUGCCGUACCCGAGUCAGCGCCUGCAGCAGACAAUGGGGAGCCAGGAGCUGGUGUGCACGCGGGGGAUACGCACUCGCACCGCUCCACUCUGCCAGCUGGAGACAGGGGCUCUGCUCAUCAGGAAAGAUCGCGGUCAACUUCACUACCUCGCGGGCGUGAUGGGCGGCGAGGAGCAAUGCGGCGUGGACUUCCCCAAUGUGUUCAGUGAGGUACCGCUGUCCUCCACCUUCCUCAACCUCGCACUCGCUCCCCACACCUGAAUAUCCUGGGAAACGACUCUCCGUUCAUCACUCCGUCGCUCUCUCUUUCCCUUCACGUCGAUGUCUCCUCCAUCUAUAAUGCACGUAUUCUGAAACGCUUUGCUCUCUCAAUGCGACUAUUUCAAGGGUUACAAACAUGAUUAACUAGAUUAUUAGGCGUGUUUUUUUUUUUUUUUUCUUAAUAAUGUAGAACUCUUGUUGGUUUGUCAUUAGAACUAUAAAAUACUUUAAAAACCCAAACUUCAACUAGAGCCUUUUGAAUGUAGUAGAGAUGCGGCGCAGAAGUGUUUCAGAAUACAGUCCGAAGUCUCGAGUCGUCAUGAAUUCCUCCUCGUCGUCGUGCUGUCUGUGUACAAAAUAGCGAUUAGGUUCAUAGAACUAUAAGUACAUGAAUAAUAUAUAUGAAAACGUAGAUAACUAAGUAAAUCAUUGGUAUUAUAUAGCUUAGUAGUAAUACAUAAUUAUUAUAUUAGGCGUGUAUCUCAGCAGAUGUACAGUCGUGGUCACAAUUAAGUAACAUUCAGCAUUCACUCCCUCUGUUUUGUGUUUUCCCUCAGUCGUAAGUCCUUUGAUCUGCUGGCAAUUACAAAACUUUUUUUUAGUGUAAAGGGGAGACAUUAAAACACAAUGAAGUGAAUGCGCUGUGUUACUCGAUUACAACCGGAUGGUACAGUCAAUAACAUAAGAGAAGCUGGAAGAAGCCAGUAGACCUGCACGUGGCAGUUCCUGUAUAAAACACAUACCAGUAUCCAUCUAUCAUCUCCAUCCAUAAACUUAUCUAAUCUCUCAAAGUUCCCCAUUGACGCUGCACGAAUAACCUGAUGACAAUCCAUUCCAGUCACUUGCCACUUUAAAUGAGAACCAGUCCCUUCACUUUUUUUUUUUUUCCAGACUCAUAGAAUCCAUUACUUCUUGUCCUAUCCUGAUUACUAACCCCAAGGAUCUUGCCAAUGUCACCCUUUGUUACGAGUAUAUUCCCUGGCACACAUAAACAACUCUAUCAGAUUUACCAUGCAUAGAAUAAGUUACUAAAAUUUUCAACGAAACAGAUCUCGAGGUUAUUAAAGAAUCAAGACGUUACGUACAACACCAACCACGGGCAACAUGUAAAGCUCCAAACACACAGAAAGAGGUUUAUUUAACAGCAUUAGACUCUAUGCAUCUUGUCAUCAAAACACUAUAUGUCACCAUGCCAUCCCACCGCGUUAGGAAGGAGAGGCAGUGGGCUGAGAGGCAGAUAGGCAGACCCGAUGUAAUGUUAGUGCAGGCUGAGGAAUUGGUAAGGGUAAGGUGGAGAAAGAGUACGGAGCUUGUGUGAGUGUAGCUGGUGAUGCUUUACAAGGAAGUGAUUGACUGUUUGAUUAAUUGAUUGAUUUAAGACGCCGCAACAAAGAGAUCACGGAGAGGAACCAGUGGAGAAGAUUCAGGGGACCACCUCCUGGCAUUAGAAAAACUGCAGAGGGACAAAUCGAGGGAGACAGAGUGUAUGUAUAUGGUGUUGUGGUGAGUGGUGCAUGGCCUCGCUGGCGUCACUCAAUGUGGUGUGUGGGUGAAACUGCCUCUGUCUCGAGUUGAAGAGAUCAUGCUAGACUCACGUGCAAGAUGUAUUUAUCAUGUACUUCACUACUACUACGACCACUACUGCUGCUACUACUACUACUACUACCCAUAGACAAGUAUAUCAACCAUUUCCUUUCACUCUCAAUAUCACACUCCGUCACUACCACCACUACCAUCACCACUGACACCCAUUCCUCUCUCUCCUCUUCUGUUAUUUCACCAUCACCACCACUACAACCACCUUCAUCACCACCAUCACUAUUACCAUAUACAAUUCUCACCACUCUUCACCACCACGGCCAUUAUCUUCCUCCUCCACCCCCAUCACACCACUCAGACACGCCUAUUACUUCCAUCUCCACCUCCACCGGCGCCCCAUCCUAUCCUGACCUUAACCUACAUACAACUACUACAGUGUGUGUGUGUGUGUGUGUGUGUGUGUGAACAUUUUGGAAGGAUUUAUAGGUGUUUUCUUUUAUUUAUUUUGCUAUUGCUAUUAUUAUUAUUAUUAUUAUUAUUAUUAUUAUUAUUAUUAUUAUUAUUAUCAUUACUAUUAUUUUUAUCUUUUGUUGCCUGUAUACUCCUCCUUCUCCUCCUCCUCCUCUUCCUACUACUACUACUACUACUACUUUUGUCGUUAUAUUUAAUGUGGAA